CGUGCCGAAACGAAGGAAAGAAUUGGUGUAGAGAGAGAGAGAGUGAGGACAGAGAAGAUUCUUUCUCUCUAUUUGUGUUUUUUCUGUGUGAAGAAGAAGAUCUCACCCUCUCUACCCCCGAUCGGAUCUUCUGCGAUCCAUCGAAAAUCUCUCUUCCUAGUGUCUAAUACUAGAAAGUUUUGAUCAAUUUGAUUAUAAUUUUUUUUGUUCUUUUUAGGGUUUUCCAAUUGACCGAUCGAUCAAUCGAUCGUAAUUGUUAUUUCAAAUCAGGCAGGUAUUUUUGGUAACCUGAAUUCCAAUCUUUUAGAGUUUUUUUUUUUGUUUAUUAUUUUAGGGAAAAACCGAAACCCUUAUUUUGGAAAACAGAAAUCCCCAAAAGAAAAUUAUUAUUUUUGAUGGCAACAGCAACUAACCCAAUCCCUAGUUCUUCUUCGGCUCUUCACUCCCCUAGGAGUUCUAAUUCAAGGUGGGCCUCGGCUGCGCAUGGCGGCUCCUCUUCCUGGAAUCAGAUUGUCCGUGACUGUGACUCGGAGUAUGUCAUCUCUUCCUCUUCAUCGGGUGCGGCAGCUUCUGUAAACGGCGUGCUUUCUCAACAUUCUUCUUCCUCAUCUGGUGUUGUUGCUAUGGAGGCAAAUGUGAAUUCCUCUUCUUCACCAGCUUCUUCCGAUUCUUCUCCUUCCGAAGCUGCUUCUACUCUGGCAGCUGUAGUUGGUUCUAUGACCUGUCCUUUGGUGGAGAGUGGUGGUGCUGCUUGUGCGGCUGAGACUGUGGUAGAGAGUACUGAGCAUGGUGGAGGAAGCAGCGGCAGCAAUGCUACUAAGAAACCGGCUUGGAACAAGCCUUCAAAUGGUGCUACUGCAAAGAUUAGCACUGUAAUGGGGGCAGUGUCUUGGCCUGCUCUCUCUGAAUCCGCCCGUGCAUCCCCAAAGAAGUCAUCUUCUUCUGAUUCUCUCAAAGUUCUGUCUGAUGGACCAGUCUCUUUGUCACAGGGCACUGGAGUAGGUUUUUCGUCUACCCAUAAGCAAGAUACCAGUAGUAACACCAGCCCUAUUUUAGCACCCCACUAUACCGGCCCUUCCAGGCAGAGGUCUAUGAAGAUUGAUGGUGGGGGUAUGAGCAAUAGUGAUGGAUCAGCUAAUGACAACUUUUCUCAGCCACUACCACCAGAAGGUGCAGUGGUGGAACUAGUCCCUAAUAAUUUGGGUAAGUCCGGUGGGUCUGUUGGGGCGUCUGCGAGGGAUAACACGAAUAGGGAGGGUGGGCACACCGGAGGAUCACAUGGUGGAAAUGUGCUACAACAGCAGCGGAGUUCAUUUAGAAGAGGCAGUGGUGGUCCACACCCCCGAGGGGAUGUCUCCCAUCAUCAUGGCCGUGGUGGCAGGCGUGACCGGGAACGCGGGAAUCAGGAUUGGGAUAGUCAUCAUCGAAGUUUUGGUGGCAGAGAAGGCAAUAUGCCACAGCAGAGAGUUGCUUCUAGACCUUUCAUUCGCAGUCCAGUUCCUAGCACACCUUAUAUUACCACUCCUCCUUUGGCUGUGCGACCAUUUGCUACUCCGAUGGUUUACACUGAAAUGCCUUCUCCUGUAUAUUAUGUUCCCGGGCCUCAUCCAGAUCCUCUCAGAAUGCCUAUGGUUCCAAUGCCGCCUAUGAUUUUUCCUGUGUCAGAUCCUCACUUGUCUAAUAAGAUAGUGAAUCAGAUAGAUUAUUAUUUUAGUAAUGAGAAUUUAGUUAAAGAUACAUUCUUGCGCCAGAACAUGGAUGUAGAGGGAUGGGUUUCAAUUCAAUUAAUAGCAGGUUUUAAGAAAGUCAUGCAGCUGACAGACAAUAUUCAACUUAUACUGGAGGCUGUACAAGCUUCGAACGUUGUGGAAGUACAGGUUGAUAAAGUGAGACGGAAAAAUGAUUGGAUGAAAUGGAUAAUGCCACCUGUUCCGAGGUGAAAAAUACAGUAGUUACUGAGUGUACCUGGGUGUGGUCUUAAUUUUGUUGCGAGUCUCUGUUUUGUUCAAAUUAUCGUGGCUUGGUUGUUGGCAUUUGCGCACUGGGAAUUUUGUUUCUCCUCCCUAUGUCCCUCGGCUUUUCUUCCUCGUGUUUUUGUUUUUUUAUUGCUCCAUGGCUACAUGACUUGUUUCUGGAGGCAGUCAUAGGAACAUGUUGAUUUAAGUGGGAAGGAUUUUGUUGGAUGUUGCUACAUUGUGCUACACUAGUUACCGUAUUCUGUUGGAUUUGUGGUUAUCUUGUUAUAUUUUUACCUUACAUUGCAUUACAUUCAAUAUGUAAGUUUACAUUUUGUA